AUGACAAAAAAUGCAUUCAUAACCGGAACCGAGUCCGCAAUAUUUAGGAGAUUAAAUCUCUACAAAAACCCUUGUUUCUUCUUUCAUCCCCAUCCUUCUGCCUUCGGCUCAGUUGUUUUCAUUGAUGAGAGUAUGACGGAUAAUUCAGCACGGUAUAUAUUUCGGAAUGGUUUGGUCUCGGAACCAGGACGAGUACUUAACAAAGAAGGACAGAACACUAGCAUUAGUGGUGACUUGACUAGUUUAUGGAACAAAGUGGGCAUGGGCAUGGGUAUGGGGAUGGAGAUAAAGAUGUGGAAGGAUAUGGUAACCUGA